CGUCACUUCCUCUCCAAAGUGUCCACAUUGGUACGUGGUUAAAAACAGCUAGGACGCCACGUACACAUUAUGCAAAGAAAGGUCUUUAUAAGAAAAGUCUAGUUAGCUCGCAGAUCCAUCGUAAUUUAGCGUGUCUUUGCAAAUCGCCGAAGGAAGCAGCAUAUUUUUCCUUUGAAACAAACAAGGGGUGGAGACAGAAGUUUCCAACUUGAUCUACAGAAGUUUAGAGAAGCAAACUUGUAACACUAGUAAAAAUGAGUGAAACAAACCAGCAACAGGAUGAGUUGCCUGCAUACAUGAAGGAUGAGCCUCCAGCAGAUACCAACAAAGACCAUCCUCAGCCCCAACCUGGCAUGUUCUCCAGGGUGGCCGGUGGUCUGUUCAGUGUCACGAAGGGAGCCGUUGGGGCCACGGUGGGCGGCGUCGCCUGGGUCGGAGGGAAAAGCCUUGAUCUCACGAAAACUGCUGUUACCUCAGUUGCAGCCGUUCCAGCGAUGGGAGUAGGGCUCGUGAAGGGCAGCGUGUCCGCCGUGGCCGGUGGCGUAUCCGCCGUGGGCUCCGCCGUCGCCAGCAAAGUUCCCAUUGGUGGAGGCAAGAAGAAGGACAAGUCUGAUUGAAUCACGUGGCUCCAAGGUACUUUCGUCAGAGACGUCUGCAUCGUGUCUUCUUCUUUGACUCCAGAGGGAGUUGAUAGUGGAGUUCACGCUAGUGUGACGAGCAUAUUUGGACCAUAUCCGUCUGCCUGACCGGACCAACAAGACUGGGUGGCCUUCAUCUGCUCCACGCAAGAACCCUUUGUUUUUGUGUUCAAUUGGAAUAUGACAUUAAGUGUGUGUUGUAUUCAGAGUCAAGCUGUUUAUCUAUGAAGUAUUAAAUGUCUGACCAGAGGUGGAUACGUGGACCUCGAAAUGUUCCGUUUAUGCUUUACUGAGCUCACAAAGGCACACGCUUGUGUCUGACUGUACACGCAAAGAAUCACACAUUUUAAACACACCUUACAGUUGAAUUGCUCCAAGCCGCUUGUGGGGGUGAAGAUCAAUCAAGUGUCCCUCUAGGUGCUGUGGGAGAAAAUCUCAGACUGUGGGGUGCUUAUGGUGGCACUCCAUCCAUCUGAUUGAUUGUUUGUGAGAUUACUUACUUUGUGCCUCUGAGGUCCAUGCUGAACUCCAGCGAUCGUUCUCUGUGUCGCCCUGAAAAACAGAGAAACCCACACACACACACACACACACAAGUAUAGUAAGGGCUGGUGUGUUUAGGUUUUGUCAAACGACUCCCAAAUUACAAUUGUAAGCCAUAAAUCUGAAUGCUGUUAGUACUGUGUGUUUUUUUUUUUUUUUUUUUUUUUUAGGGAAA